GGACAAGCUGGAGUGACAAACGAGGAAGUACACCAGCUAUGUCAAUGUGAAACCAACAGAGCAUCCAGAAUUUCAAUGUUGCUUAUUUAGCCUCAUCUAACUUCAUAUCGUGUUUGCGUGUUAAAGGGGCAUGGCGUGUUUCUUCCGGAGGAGUAUUGCGGCGAAGGUAAUGAAGUCUGGGAAGAUUAAAUGGCUUACUCUAAAGCAUGCCCUGACCCUGGAGCAAGGCUUGGAAGUUACUGUCUGCUCAGGAAGUUCACCUGUAGUUUCCUUAAUGUUCGUCAUUUUGUGUGUGUGUGCGUUUUGAUGCAGCUUGGGAGGACGCUGCAGCAGUCUGAGGAUGCUUUGUUACCAGCCCUGUCUGCAGUUCCACUUUUUAAAAAAGGGUGAGGGGUUUUCUUUACAGCACGUUUUAAGCAUAACUCCCUGUUCUUCUAGAUGUUGUUGAAACUGAACAUUUCUUUCUCAGGGAGUCUCCUGACUUCAAACUGUCCAUCAAUACAUUACGGAACAGUGGGAUUUUACCAUCUGAGGAUGACAUCCAGCAGCAGACAGAAAAAUUGGCCAAACAGGUGAAGUUUGUUUGUUUGUUUGUUUGAAGUUGAAUUUCGCUCUGGGAUUAAUAAAGUAUCUUUCUCAACUCAACUCAACUCAACUUUAUUUGUAAAGCACUUGAAAACAACCACAGCUGAACAAAGUGCUAUACAUAAAUAGACAAAACAACGCAGACAUAAAAACAAUCAAAAAACAAUUAAAACAAUGGAUAAAAUAAAAGCAGAUGUUAAAAAGUAAAAUAUAGUUUCAAUGUUUUUAAAAACUAAUCUGAAAACAAUAGAAACAAAUAACUACAAGCAAACCAUAAAACACUAAAACAGGAGCCGAGUGUCAUGCAGGGUUGAAAGCCAAUGAAUAAAAUUUGGUUUUAAGACGAGUUUUAAAGAUGGACAGUGUGGGGGCUUGUCUGAUUUGGAGGGGUAGCUCGUUCCAUAAUUUUGGGGCUGCAACAGAAAAAGAUAUAUUCCCUCUGAGCUUCAGUUUGGACCUCGGUACCUCCAGGAGCAGCUGAUCAGCUGACCUGAGGCACCGAGCAGGGGUGUAGGAGUGGAGAAGCUCAGAGAGGUAAGAUGGAGCCAGACCAUUUAAAGAUUUAAAAACAAAUUAAAGAAUCUUAAAAUGAACUCUAAAAUGCACAGGUAACCAGUGGAGGGAGGCCAGGAUGGGAGUAAUGUGCUCCCUCUUACAUACUGUAGUUAAGAGCCGGGUGGCAGCAUUUUGUACUAACUGGAGACGUGAGAGGGAGGACUGGCUGACUACAAAGUGAAGUGCGUUACAGUAAUCCAGCUGAGAUGUAACAAAGGCACGGAUUACUGUUUCUAAGUGUUUAUGUGGAAGGAAUGGCUUUGCCUUAGGUAGCUGCCUAAUAUGAUAAAAGAUGGAUUUCACAACGGAGUAAAUUAGCCUCUGAAAUUUAAAAUAUCUAUCUAUCUAUCUAUCUAUCUAUCUAUCUAUCUAUCUAUCUAUCUAUCUAUCUAUCAUUUCAGAGGCACUUUGACAUAUCUCUGAAUAUUCGAUCAAAUCUACAAUUAGUUUCCCUCUUAUCUGCAUCCAGAAUCAUGGACUUUAUUAGUUACCUCAGAUUCUUUAUUUUUUGUGCACUAUACCCAGAAUCCUUUGUUUUCAGUGUUUAAAACAUGCCUUUUAUUAACAGUUGAAGCAGGACAGCAUAGUGGAGGAAGUUUCUGUGGGACCUGUUGUGAUCAACUUCAAAGUUGACCGCAAACUUCUUGUCCAGGUUUGUUGCUUCCCUUUUUCCGUUCUGUCAAAGCCAUAAGUCUUCAUCUUUUGUGGCUUUAAUCCUAAUCUUUUUCCCCUCCCUGUGUUCAUUAAAGAAAAUUUUGGAGCAAUUUGGGAAGAAUGAGGAUGAGAAAUUUGGGUUGAACAGCGAACUUUUCAAACCUCUGAAGAAGGGCACGACAUUAGUGGAGUAUAGGUGUGUUUCAUCAGUACUUAACAAAGCAAACACAAGAUCUCUUUAUAAAAAAAUUAAAGGUGUUGUUUUAUUUCAGCUCUCCAAAUAUCGCCAAAAAGUUCCACGCUGGACAUUUGCGAUCGACAAUUAUUGGUGAGUUUUGGUGCUUUGGUUGAUUUAGACACUGACUGAGGCCAAUGGAGUAAGACUGAUUAAUUGUAUACAUGCUCUUUGGUUGUGUAGGUAAAAAAUGCUGAUGGUAAAAUAAUUGUUUUGGAUAAUAAACACAGUAGCUCUUGAUUUAAUUGACAUGUAAUGGUAACAACCAUUUUUCAUAUCUUGGCUUACUGUGAUGCCACUGUACUGCUGCAACCCUAUCAUGGACAUUUCAGACAAUGUAUAGCCUGAUCUUGAUAAUUAGAAAUGGAAAAAAUAUGAUUUAAAACACCUUCACCUUUCUGCAGUUUGCCCACCAGGGAGCAGUGUGUCCUCCCUAAUACACCCAACGGUUGCAUCUUUAAAAAAACAAAACAAAAAAAGGGUGAUUCAUGGGAGGUUUUGGAAUGUACAGCUCUUAAAAAAGAAAUAAUUUCUUGCAAACUUUAACUCUAUCUUUUAUCUUGACAGCUUAAAACAUUUUCUGCCAGGUUAUUUGAAAUAUAACUUUUUCAUAGUUAGACAGCUGCACUAAUGUAUCGACUGUCCAUCCUUAGGUAACUUCAUUGCUAAUUUAAAGCAGUCCCUUGGACACAAAGUGAUUCGAAUGAACUACCUUGGAGACUGGGGCAUGCAGUUUGGUGAGUCAGUAAUGUGCACAGUGUUCACCAGGUGUCUUCAUAUAUUGUAAAAAGCCAAUGCAGUUCAGAUGAAUGAAACUAGUUUAACCUUUUGUGUACCAGGUCUACUGGGAGCAGGGUUUGGUCAAUUUGGAUGCAAGAAGAAACUGAAACAGAACCCCUUACAGCAUUUGUUUGAGGUGAGCUGAACCAGAAUGAAUUCUGACCCCAAAAGCAAAGAGCUGCCAUCAGUUAUCUCAACCUGUGCAGCAGAUUGAAAGAGUGGAUGCGUCCUUUAAAAGUCAUUUCAAAGAGACUUCCCUUCUGCGGUUUUUUGGUGCUUCAUUACUGUUUUUUUUUUUUCUUUUUCUUUUCAGGUUUAUGUUCAAGUUAACAAGGAGGCAGAGCACAACGAGGGCAUUAAAGAGGCAGCUAGAGACUUCUUCAGGCAGCUGGAGCAGCAUGAGAGUGAGGCGAUGUCUUUAUGGCAACAUUUCAGAGAGAUCACAGUGGAUGAGUAUCAACAUGUUUACAAGGUACGACCAGCAGCAAGACCAAGGGACCAAAGACUGAAUUCUGUAACAAAAGGACACUGGUUUAGCUCAGCGGUUAAAAUAUGACCUACGUAGUCCAGUCUGACAGACUUGGAUGUAGUGGCUGUUGGUUUCUCAAACAUUUCCUUUCUCUCUUUGACUUUUCUAUCUGGAUAACGGCAGAAAUGCUCAGAUGUAACAUGAAACGACUCAGAAAUAUGAGACAUAUAUGGAAAUGAUCAAAGCUUUAAUCUGUGUAGCACUUUAAAUUACCGGGUGACAAGAAGUCAGUGGGCGGGUUCAAAAGCAGCAAGUUAGUGAUGAUUACCUACCUUUGUUUUGCAUUUUCACUGGAUUGAUAAAAGGCUGAAAUUUGAUGGUCCUGAUGGAUGAAAGAGAAAAACAGAGCAAUGUGGUCUAAAAUAUAGACGAUGCAGUGAUGCUGUGCCUCAGUUUUAUAUACUUUCAAGACUUUUGAAUAAGGGAGAUGUCAGAGAUGGCCAGUUUGAGUUUUAAAAAAUCUGGUGGCUGCAUUGCAAACCACUAGUAAAAAUGUCAGGGACGUUUGCUGAAGCUUGUAUGAUGGAAAUUACAGUGACAAAGUUACAAAGAGCUUUGCCAAUGAUACAGAACCAUGUAAAAGAAGGCAAAAAAAAAAAAAAACAACACAUCAAAAUAGAUAUUGAAGAUAUAUAAUUCAUGGCAGCCUUCUGGUAGGGGUAAGUUUUGAUACAAUAUUUAGAAUUAGCCAAAGGCCUGGACACUUGUAUUGCAACCAAGAGAGUAAGAAUAGCCCAAAUUCUGUAGGGGUUAAUAUCUAUAUUUUUAUUUUUCUGCUGCAGGAAACUUAUCAGGAUAAUUUAGUUGCAUGAUAUUUGAGAGGGAUACACGGAUCAACAGCGAUUAUAUAUACAGUAUCUGCUGAAAUGUCCCAUGAACUCACCAGCCUUGGUUGUGAAUUACCGGGUCCAUAAAAUGUGUUUCUUGUUUCAGUGAGAGAUAAGAUGAAAGAAAAUAUCAACAGAAUAACUAUCAUGAAUUGUAUUAAAGGCUGUUUGUUGUUGCUUUGAAAUGUUUGCAGCGGAUAGGGGUCCACUUUGAUGUCUACAGCGGAGAGUCCUUUCACCAAGGUCAGGCACAGGAGGUGGUGCAGCAGCUGCAGAGUCAAGGCCUGCUAAAAACCUCUGAGUACGUGAUCCAAAUUUGCAUGGCACACUCUGAGUUCACAUGUUAUAUGACGCCAGUAGGUUUACCAUCACGCUUACAGGCUUACUGUUUAGAAACUCGACUUUAUGCCACUUUGUACUUUCUUUAAUGUUCAGUGAGCUGUUGGGAAAAUAGUUUUAUACAGAUGUGGCAGAAAAAAUCUGCAGUCUAUUGUUAAUCCACCAGAGAGCACUGAAAAGCUGAUUUUCAAACCAUGAAAUGUCUUACUUACUUGGUUCUAGAUUAUAAUUCUUGAAAAAAAUUAAAGCGAAUUUUCUGUUAAAAACUUAGUUCAUGAAUCAAUCUCUUUAAAGUGUAAAAAUCACUCCUUGGACAUCUGCUGAGACAGAUUUCCGAUGUUUUAUGUAAUGAGCUGCAUAUUUAAAAGCUUUGAUAUGAACUCACUUUAAAUAAACUUGAUGCCAUGACUAAUUGCUGUUGUAUUGGAAGGCGAGGAACAGGUGUGGUGGAUCUCUCACCUGCUGGAGACAUGAGCAGCGUCUGCACGGUGCUCCGCAGUGACGGCACAACUCUUUACAUCACAAGGUGUGUACUUCGUUAAUAGUGAUGUCAUGGAUAUUCAGACAUGAGCAUUCAGAAUAAACAUGACAAAUGUGGGGACUUUGUGCAUUGAUACGUAAAAUAUUUUAUCAGAGAAAACAACAUGUCUCGUCAUGCAAAGCUGGAGGUCUGGGUUUGAUGCCCAGCUUUUAUGCACCCUUAGAUAUCUGUUAAUGCUCUGCACUCUGUGUCAUUAUCACAAUACUCAAGUGCAGACUUGUGCUGAUAAAAGAAAGCUUAUUGAGCAUCACAGUAAUCUUUUAAAAAACAAAACAAAAAUCUCUUAAAAACUUAAAGUAAUAUACUGUUUAAAGACCCACUCUGACGAAAAUCAUGAUUUUCUUGUUGUCUCCAUGUUCAUAUGGCAUUUUUCUGAUGUAACAGGGCGUAUCAUGAGAAAAAUAAGUGCGAAAUUGCAUGUCUGAGUAUUUCUGCAUUCAAAAUGCUUUGAAUCUCUGGCAGACCCAAAUGGCAGGUUCAGACACAGUGGGAUUUCCUACGUAACCGAUCCAAGCUCCGCCCCCGGAGCUCCACUAUGCAGGCCAGACUCUGAGAAAUAGAGAGGACAAUCGCAGGACAAGCAUGUGCGUUAGCGGUUAGCUAUGCUCGUAAGAAAGCAAAUUAUGAUAUUAGCUUUUAUUAUGUCCCCAAAGACAUUAGUGUCCGAGAGCUGAAUAGCUCCUAUGUUACCUGUUGCACUGGAAAUGUUAGGGUUCAAGCUAGCGUGAAAAGGAGUGUGCAGUGCAGCGCUGUCUCUGCCCACGACUCAGAGGCAAAUUACUAAUGAUCUAUUGGAGCUCUGCAGAAGAAAAGACCUUGAAAAUGACACAGGUAAUGUGAUUUUGGCCAAAAAAAUUAAUCAUAAUCACAAUUUAAAGACCACUGAGAACACUUUAAGUAGUAAAAAAAAAAAAAUGAUCAGAGUGAGACAUUAAACUUUUAGAUGCUGAUUGGUUACCUUAAUCAUGAAUAUGGAUGUAAUACAACUUGUCAUUGUUGCAAAUCAAGAAUUGGGAGGUUUUUAUGACUGCGAAUCAAAAGGAACUCAAGCAGUUCACUGAAUAACAGAUUAUAACUAGUGACCUUAGAGUUUCAUGGAGCAAAAAUAUCUAAUUUUCAAUUUUUUUUUUUCCAUUUCAGAGAUCUUGCUGCAGCGGUCGACCGAAAAGAAAAGUAUCAAUUUGAUGAGAUGAUUUAUGUGGUAAGACAUCUGACAGUCAAUUUAGUUUCUUUCACUUGAUGUCUUUUCAAGACAUUAAAGAAUAAAAGCUACAUUUAGAAAACAUCCUUGUCUCCUCUUUCCCUCCCCUCAUGUCCUGUACCUUUUUUUAAUACAGACGGAUAAAAGUCAAGCAAAUCACUUUGAUCAGCUGUUUCAGAUCCUCCUCGCUCUGGGACAUUCUUGGGCUGACAGGUGAAGAAAGACUCAGACACAACUCCACACCCAACAUCAGACAGGUUUAGCAGAGGCUAAGCAGUUAAUUAAGAAUGAGAUUUACUCAGAGAUUUGCUUGUUGAAAUCAAAUGUCUUCCAUGUGUUACCUUUUUUUAUACUUUCAGUGAUAACUAUAAGAUUAAAAUUAAGUAUGGGCUUUAAUCUGGAAUAACAGUAGAAGUGUGUUUUGUUGAAAAGUUAGUUUCAACAACUGAAACCAAGCAAAAAUAGUAACAGCACCCCACCCAGAAAAGACACGCACUUUAAUUGUAAAUGGAUGACAGAUGACACGUCACGUUGGUGCAGCUCCAGCAUGUUGUGAUGAAAUGAAAUCCAUUUAACCAUUCACUAACAUGCAGAUUUUAAGCAGCUUAAGCAGUGACCUCUGACUGAAAAUCUCAAUCUGCUGACUUUUUACAGUCAAAUCUGUCUUUUUUCAUUAAUUGUUAAACUUGGUGGUUUUUAUAGUGGCUUUGAAAUGUUGCUUUUUCUUUCAAAGAGAAUAGUGAAGUGUGGUGAUAACUUUGAUAUAAAUGGGUUUUUCAUGUCUGGUUGCAGUUGUCAGCAUGUUCCCUUCGGCCUGGUGCGUGGCAUGAAGACCCGGAGCGGUGAGGUGGUGUUUCUUGAAGACAUCCUGGAUGAAGCUCGGACCAGAAUGCUUCACAACAUGAGCCAGUCAAAAAGUAAAAACCUCCUCCAUACAGACAUGUAAAUAGAAAUAAAGCUGUCUUGACUAGAAUGAAUUUCAGUUUUCAUUUUCUCCCUGCUUAUACUUUGUUCAGUGACAGAAGCAUAAUCAGUUUUUGCUUUUCCUGCAGCAACAAAGAAACUAGAAAACCCAGAGGACACAGCAGAGAAAGUAGGAAUCAGUGCACUCAUAAUCCAGGUGACUUUUGACUCCACCUACAAGCUCUAUUAUCCAGUCAAAUGGUCAGAAACAACAACUCUUAUGACUGAAUGGAUUUUGUUCCAGGACUUCAAAGGUCCUCUGCUGUCAGACUACACGUUUGACUGGGAGCGGAUGCUGCAGGCUCGGGGAGACACAGGAGUUUUCCUCCAGUACACACACGCUCGACUCUGCAGGUCUGUACUCAUCAGCAGCUGAAAACAAAGAAAACUCUGAGGUCUGAGGAAUUUGUCAUGUUUUGUUUUUUUAGUACCACUGUCUCCCAAAAUUAUUCUUGGCCCUCAAUAAGAAUGUUAAAUAUUUUGUGUUUCUAAUUUAUCAAUAUUACUGUUUGUUGCAGCUCUCACUAUGACCAAUAAAAGCUGAAUAUGUCAGAGUAAAUGCAACUAAUCAUUUCCCUUACUUGUUUAUUUUCACCCCAAUACUUCUGUUUGAAGAGUUUGGUCUCUCUAAAUGGUGUAACUUAAUGCAUAUUAUCACAUUUUGAGACACAGGGCUAUAUAACUGCACAUAAAUAACUAGUAAUAGCUUACAAAUAACAUAUACACUACAGGCCAAAAGUUUGGAAGCAAGAUCAGAUUUGUACAAAAAAAAGAUCAUAGUUUUAAUUUGCAACACAAUAAACAUGACUAUUGUGUAAAGAGUAACUUAUCAGAAGACAUUUUGACUAUAAUUAUUAGGUAUUUGAGUUAUUGUUGCUUAGACUUUGCUUUCUUUAAAGUAACCUCCUCUGGCUUUAACAACAGCUUGGCAUGUACCAGGCAUACGUUCCACAAGUUUUUAAAGGUAUGUUCCAGGGAUUGCAUCCCAAGCUUUCUUAAGUUCAUUAAAAAGGGACUGCUGAUUUUUGGGACGCAUUUUCCUGACCAUGCUGAAUUGUGGGUGUAACACAUGGUGCUUUCAGACAUUCACCAGUUUGUCUGCGGACAUAGACUCUGCGUUUUGAACCAAACAGUGCAAACUUGUUUCUAGUCAUCAUAAGUCCAAUUUUUGUGAGCUUUUGCCCACUCAUAUCUCUUUUUCUUGUUCUGUGGAUGAAGUAGUGUUUUUUUGCAGAUACACAACCCUUCAGACCAGCCUUUCUCAAACGUCAUUUCACGGUUGUCAGAGAUAUGGGUUUUGACCUUGUGAUGUUAAUUUCCUCCCUUAUUUUUGGUGCUGUCUUUCACCGAUCUCUCUUACUGGUGACAAUGCUAUGUUUAUCCUCUGCUUUUGUAGUAACUCUCUUUCGUCCAGGUCUUUUUCUAUCAUCAUAACUUCCAGGUUCCUCUAGUCUCCUUAGAGUGUAGUGGACUCCUUUGUUAAACACCUUUAGGCGUUUUGCAAUUUCUCUUUCUGUGUAUCCUUUUUUCCUCAAUGUACAAAUCUGUACUUUUGUUUCUUUACUCAGUUGCUUCUUUCUGAGAUUUAUUAGGAUUUUUGUAUGCAGACUCUCAAAAGCCAAAAAGUUGAAGUGAAUAAUCCAACUGUGAUUUGUUUUUUAGCUUUUGCACUGAAGUUGUGAUUCUUGCAAAUGUUUUCAACCCUAAAACUAAGCUCUUAUUAUCUUUUGCUGACAUAUAUUUAGCGAAGGUCUGUUAACAUCACUGUAUAUCUAAAGGUAAAUGGAGUAAAAUGGUGCAUUCCCAUGAAAGCAACAUCUGAUCAUGGAGUAAAUACAUCUCAAAAUACAUAAAACUCAUGCUGGAUUUUUAAAAAAGCAUUGUGAACAAACACUUGAAGUUACUCCCAACUGUUCGGCCUGUAAUGGCCUUGUUUCAAAACUUUUGGCCUGUCGUGUGCAUAAAUAAUCUAUGCUUCAAUUGUAUUUUACUUGUUUAUUUUAAAGGUAAAUUUUUCAUUCAGGCUUAAUUUGUACUCAUGAUUUGUAGUUCAGGAUUCAUUAAAUCUCCAGAAAACUCAUAAAAUACUUCCUCAUAAGGUAAUAAUCCUAUAAUAUGAUAUGAAUAAGAUAAGAUAAGAUGAACUUUAUUGAUCACUGAAGGAAAAUUCAAUGUAGUAGUUGUUUAAACAUUUAAUAGGACAAAAUGUAUAAAGUAUGGAUUGUGCAUAUUAUUUACUUUAAAGUAAUUUUAGUCAGGAAAAUUUGAAGGAAGUACAUCUGAUUUAUACUAAGCUCAAAAAUGUACCUACUAAGUUUCUAAUACAAACUUUUUACAACAUGCUUAUCACUGCAGUUUAAUCCGGAGGAAUGACGACGCUCAGGCGGCUACAUUCGACCCGUCUCUUCUCCUGGAGCAGACAAGCAUAGGCAUAUGUCAGCACCUCCUUCGGUAAGCAAACCACUACCACAGAACUGUCACACUGAGAUAGCUUUCAACAGCUUCUUCUCCACUUACAUCACUUGAUACUGGAUGUGCUCUUUGUUUGUACGCAGUUAUGACGAAGUGCUGUAUCAGUCCGCCCAAGAUCUGCAGCCCAAACACCUGGUUAACUAUUUAUUGAAGCUGUGGUAAGAAACAGGAUGUUAGUUCUCCCUGGGCUGGAUCCUCCUCUGGUCAAUGUUUGCCUCUGUCACUCUAGACAGCAAAUGUGUUGUUUUUAGAGAUGAAAACACAACAGUGCCAUUUUCUUUCAGCCACCUGAUCGCCUCUGCACACAGAGAGCUGCCAGUGAGAGGAAGUUCUCUGCAAGUUGCACAGGUACAAUUAGAAGUACUCAAACUCUCUUAUCUAUCUUUUAAAUACACAACUGUGCAAGUGUCAUCAUACAAUCAGCCGAAUUAAAACUUACUUACUUGAAGCUAUACUCUAAAUCUGAUACUCCUGAUAUGAACAGACCUAAUUUAAAUGUCAUUGGUUUGGCAAAAGUAACAUGCAGUAUGAUUCCAUUGUAUAAUAUAGAACAGCAAUGCAGGAGUGCAAACUGAUCACUCAACCUAACAAAACCUGGCGUAAAUGUCAGAGCAUGUGGAUCGCUGUAAAAACUGCAUUCCUUCAAUAUUUUAUAUGUUCCUAAUAUUCUAUUAUUUCUUUUUGCACAGCGAGUAUUUUGUGACAGGAAAAAAAAAUCAUCUUUUUGCUUUGGUUUAUAGUUAAAGCUCCUGUGAGGAGUUUUUUGAGCUGUAUGAAACCCUGAAAUCCCUGUUAAUGCUUUUUUACAAUAUUCAAAAGUAAACAAGACCAUCAACGACAACAUUAAAAAUUUUGACACCCUCAUUUUAACUACCUGAUAUCGGCAAGAGGGGGUAGGUGUCAGCCAAGCAGCUGAAGAACCAGUCCUGUUUUUACACUCUCCACAUCAAUAUUUCACCAUAAAUAAUUUAAAACAAAAAUCAGUGGGAUGAAGUUUUCCUGUGAAAAUGUAGAGGACAAGACAAACAAAGACUGCUUUGUCCACAGGGGGCCACCAUAACUGAUAGAAAUCAGACGUUCCUUACUGGAGCUUUAACUGCAGACAGUAUGCCAAAAUGGUGCUUUUCCGAUUGUUAUACUGGGAAUCAUUGUAGUUAUAUUAUUAUAGCAUUUGAACUUUCAACCCCCUGUGAUCAAAGCAGUAUUUGCUUUUUGAAAUAGCAACUUUUGAUUAAAAAAAAACUCAUCCUGUUGACCUUUUGACAGUAAAGUGUAUCAUUAAAACACUGUUCCUCAGCUGCUUGGCUCGCACCUACCCCCACACCAGUUAAACACAUGAAAGAUUAAAAACUGUCUGUCACGUCGCUGAUGAUCUUUUUUUUUUUUUCUUUUGUAUGUCAUUAAAUAGCAUCAGUAUUAAUUUCAGUAUGAUUUAUGAUAUUAAAAAAAAAACUCACAGGAGCUUUAAAUGCCCGGUUUUACAGGAGAAUUGAAGAUGUUUAGAGCACAGUACAAAAGCAGGUUAUGGUCUGAAAAGUUCAUGUUUUCACCCAUAUUGUUUAGGAAGUGGAUUUUUGACUUCUGCUUAGAUUUGCUUAAAUAAGGGCGUGAGUCAUUUGACUGACAGGUUUUCUUGUUGCAGCUGUUUGUCAGGAGGCUUAAAGCCUGUCUCAUCUCCGCCUCUUGGUCUGAUUCUAUGUUGAUAGAAAGGUAGACUGAGUCAAUAUGGCAUUUGCUACAGUUUGGCUUUGAAUUGUCUUCAGAAACCAGUGGGGGAUGAAACUGAGACUGUGUCCAUGUGUCAAAUCACACUGUUACUUUCUCAGUGAAUAUAAUUUAAAGCCAUAUACCUUGUCAGAGUUAUUUUGGGUGAUGAACUAAAUGAAAAGUGCAAAAAGUAACAGAGUCAGUGUUUUACAAAUUGGUUAAAGUUCACUUUUUUGCCCACACAGCACCUGUGUGUGGUUAGUACAAAGACUCAGCUGCUCUUCUAAUCCAUUGUUUUCAUGUUACACCUCAUCAACAUUUAAGUCAAUAUCAGCCUGAAAGCUCAGCAGUGAAAGUGUGCGUCUUACUCAGAGGCUGUAGUCCUCCAUCCUUGUUGCAGUUGAAUCUAACCUCUGCAACAUGUCAAAUAUAGUCAUAGGUAUUAUUUGGUAAAGAAAAAUUGAUCAGGAUUUCAUUUGUUUCAUCAUAAAUCCAUUAUGUAAAUUCUGUACAGUUGUAAAUAUGACACAUGCACAUUUCUUGUUUUAACUCAAAGUUUCUUUAUCUUUUAAUUUUUGUCUUUUUGUAUCUAUACUAUUCUGCUGUGAUUUUUGGAAUUUCCUCCUAUGGGACUAUUAAAGGAACAUCAUAUCUUAUCUUAUCUCUACAGGCGAGGUUACGUCUGUUCAGUGGCGCGUGCUCAGUCCUGGCUGGUGGGAUGAAGAUCCUGGGAAUCACACCAGUUCAAAGAAUGUGAAACAUUAAACUGAAAUCGUCCAAUCAGUGUUCUUUCUUUGCUUUAAUUAUUAUUUUAUGUGUAAAUAAAAAGCUGUAUUUUUAAAAUAA